UUCUAUAACUUCUCGGAGACCUCAGCUUAAGUCACUAUUCAGAAAUGAGCUUGUGAUAUCUACUCAAAGGUAGAUCAUUAAUAAGUGCCUCACAAACUUUGGAUGCAACCUUUUGUCGACACUUGGUGGAAGGAAUUCAACAGAAAGGCCCAUAUUGAUAAACGACCCUAAGCCAUGGCAGUAGGUGCGAUUGGAUCGGCCUAUGGUAUGGAUGCGAUGAGGAAGUCUGUGUCAGGCGGGGAGGAGCACCGGAUGCUACCUUAUGAUGAUGUGAUGCUUCAGCCACGAUCGAUGCAGGCUCCAUCAUCGCGAACAAAGACAUUCGAUCUCCCGUACCCGCACUUUGCCCUCAUGUAUAUCGACCGCAAUGGGGAGCUUGGAUUGGAAGCGUCGCCUUCGCUGGCAGGCUGUGGACGAGCCAUCUUCACCGAAGAGGUGAGGGACAGGUUCUUGAAAACGGCCGCGGCAGGAGGACAGCCCAAUUCGAUUCCCGGCUUCAGCUUCCAGCAAAACUCGAGCUGGUACCAGUCUGGUCUCUCCAAGUCCACGGAGCUCAUUCCUUGUGAAUGGCAGUCGCAGCACCAGACCAAACGCCAGAGGCGCAAUGGAGCAAUGGACCGUCGAGGGUCAGAUUCGAUGUCCCCCGGUCCCAUCAAGCGAACCGCACUCCGAGUGGGCAACCAGGAUCUCUUGCGACGAUACUACGAAAAGGCAUUCGAAAACUUCCAGCAGCUCAAUUGCAGAGUGAUCGCAAAGGCCUUUAUCAAGCUGGUAGAGCCCCGAAAGCAAGUCAACCAUCCGUAUAACGGACGAAAGACCUCUGCAGGAGCUCCUCAGCGCAUCGACCCGGAGUUGACCAAACCCAAGUGGUGGCCUACAGGAGUCACACACAAAGAACCUGAUCAUCUCUUGAAAGCUGAGAGAAUCCGACUGCUGGUUCAUAUACUUUGCGAAUUAAUGAACAGCCAUGGGAUUACAGCCGAAAAGCUCAAGGAAGCCGGCCAGGAUGUGAGACGCCAGAUAGUACCAUCGGAGCGCCUACAUGUUUUGGAUGAGAUUUACUAUGUUCGGCAUAUGGAAGAGUGCUACUUGAAAGGAGAAAUUGACGGCGAUACCACCAUCCACGUUUCACACGUUCAUUUGGCCGAGGCCAACUUUGAAUUCGAUCACCACGAGCAGGACGCUAGCCAAAGUCCUCAAGACCAGUCCGUGCCUACGGUUACCGUGAAAGCAGAUGGCUCCAGCCUCACUGAUGACCAAACCCAGAAACGAAACAGCGACAACGACGCGGUACCGUCGGUAAGCCGUAAACGAAAAAGCGCUUCAACGUCUUCUGAUGACCGUCUAUCCUAUGUGGAGGACAAUGGUCAGCUAAAGCAGCCGACCCAUCAAGAUAGUGGUCUUUCUCUAUCUCCGUCGUCGUGUCAAUCGAGCAGCAGUCGAAAAAGCUCCUUGGAAGCCAGUUUGCCAUCAUACUCACCGGAAAUGAUGACAUCCAUGAUGCCAUCAGGCGCGCCAGCCCGACCUAUCUGUACACCAAAGGAUGUCCAUCACACUGGGUCGACGUGUAUGCCGGACUAUUUCACCCAGCAACUCCUGGUCCCCACUCCUGGGCAACCCACUGAGCCCGGUUACUGGACUCACCCACAUCUUGCGCAGGCGCAACUUGUAUAUAAUCAUGGAUACUAACGUAAUACGUUGUUGAUCUUCAGCAGAAGCAACUCUUGCAUGCACCCCUGCGAACACCAGUCGCAAAACUCUUGCAUAACUCGGCGCUUGUCUUGACUAUCCCUAAUCAUGUUCUUUUAUUACCAUUUCCUUUGUCUACCUUGUCAUCUAUCUAGCGGUCCUUUCUACUUCUCUUUUCUUUGUCAUCAUCUCCUGGUCCAACUAUCCUCUUUCUUUCUUUUUUUCUCUUUCCUUCCAAACCGUCAUGUCACCUGUCUGGUCUCCU